AUGAAGCAGCUUAUUAUCCACUUCCAACAUGCACUAGCUGCUCUAAGGGAGAUUAAUUUAAUGCUUUCAGCUGCUCAAUUUAGAAUCAAGUAUCCUUCAUUUACUCCCUCACCAGACCGAAGCAAACCCCAAAAAAAAUAUGAAACUAAAAUAAACACACAACAGAAGCAGCAACAUCAGCAAGCAGCAUAA